UUGUUCAAUUUUUAUUUGAUUUUGUAAAAUGAAAAAGGAACCGUUUAUAAUACUGUAUUUCUAAACCAAAGCAGUAAUUCAUACAGAUCCACGGGUGGCGAUAAUCCAAUUCAGUAUGAAAAUCGCCGAACAAGAAGAAGAAAACGACGAAGAAGAAACCCGGAAGCUAACAAACAGCGACAAAUGAAAGUCAUUCAGUCCUUAUUCUUGCGCUUAGCGUCACAUUUCUCGCUUCGAAUCGCUUUUAAAUGACUCCCCGGUGUAUUUUGACUUUUAUAUAUAACAGGCAACAAAUAAAUGCUGAGCUCUCCAAGUUAAUGAACACGUUUUAGUUGUCAAAAUUACCGCCUGGGAUAAGCACGAUGGAUCACGGGCAGCAACUGAGAAACCUGCGUGAUUUCCUUCUGGUUUACAACCGCAUGACGGAGAUCUGCUUCCAACGAUGCACCAGCAACUUCAACUACAGGAACCUCACCAUGGACGAGGAGCGCUGCGUUGACAGCUGCGCGGGGAAGCUGAUCCGCUCCAACCACCGCAUGAUGGGCACCUACGUGCAGCUGAUGCCCCGCAUGAUGCAGCGGCGGAUGGACGAGAUCGAGAGGAAGGCCGCAGAGAACGCCAAGGCGGCCGAAGCUGCCGCCGCGGCUUCCCUCGGACCAGAAACCUCUGCUACCGCGACGGCGACGCCUCUGGAGUUGCAGUCGCCAUCGCCGCAGUCGGAGACCGGUGGCGUCAAUAUUUCACAAACUGAGACAUGAAUGCUCCACUGACAGAAAACUGUGUGGAAUGUAGAACUGUCUCAUCUGGAAGUCGGGCCUUAUCGAAGGGCUGAACUUUAUUUGGGGUUAAUCAGAGCCACUUAAAACGGUGGCAGGUGUUUGCUGAGUCACAUUUAACAUGAGUUUGAAUGUGAUUGGUUCAUUCUGAACACAGCCCCAUUCUGAGUUAUUAGAGGAUGUGCACACUUGUGGAACCACAUUAUCGCUGUCGUUUAUUUUUACUUCUGCUAUCUAAAAGAUCUUUUUCACACUUGAAUAGUACAGGUUAUAAGUCACAUUAAUGGUGGAAAAAGUUUUGAAAUGAUCUUGGCCUCAUUUUUAUCAAAUAAAAAUCUAAUGUUUGA